GUCCCGUGUCUGUCCGACAGGGAGUCCCCCCCCUGUGCACGUCUCCGUCUCUGGGCUUUCACCCUAGAGACAAAGGCUUAAUUGUCGAUCCACGGUACAACCACUUCGCGGGCUUUCGCUCCUCUCGCGAACAGCCUCUUGUCUGAACCGGGCAAACCAUGGCCGCCGAGACGUACGGGUACCCUGUACCGAACCCUGCACCAGCACCCGUGCCAGCCGGGUACCCCGCGCCGGCACCAACCGUCCCUCCACCUGUGCAAUUCAAUGCGGUGCCGAUGGGCGCGUGGUCGACGGGAUGCUGCGCCUGCUUCGACGACAUGGAAGCAUGUUGCUGCGCUUUCUGGUGUCCCUGCGUCUCCUUUGGCCGAGUCGCCGAGAUCGUGACGGACGGUAACGUGGCCAUGGAGGAGGCGUGUGCCUUGUGGGCCCUUGUUGCAUUCUGCAUAGGGGCCGGAUGCGUGUAUUCUUUUGGUUUCCGAACCAAGCUGAGGGCCAAGUACAAUCUGCCCGGCGAUACGAUCAACGAUCUUCUCCUGCACUGGUGCUGUGGGUGCUGCUCCUUCUCCCAGGAAUACCGCGAGCUCAAGAACCGCGGCUGGAUUCCCUCAGACGGCUACAAGGCGAACAUCACGAGGUUUCAAAUGGGAAACUCUGGUAUGCCGCCUCUCAACACGGCACCUGAGAAUCAGUUCAUGUCAAAGUGAUAGAGGUGGUGAGAUGCUGCUGCUAGUGCAUGCAUCAACAGGCUACAGGACCAAACAUACCGGUAGAGGUUCCACAUGAGGAACAGCGGCAUUCUGCCUCUCAGCAUUGCACCUGAGAAUCAGUUCAUGUCGAAGUAGCAGUGACAGUAGUUGGUAGAGGUGACAGAUUGUUGCCAUUUUAUGCAGGGGUUGUGUUGUGUUGUGUUGUGUGGGGCGUGGUGUGCAAUAAAGAUGCAAUGCAAGCUGCAGGUUUGUCAUGCAUAUAAUGCUGCAUUGUAAUCCUACCAUGAAUUACGAUAUGGGCCUUGAGUGGCAUGUGUAAGG